CCCCGGUCCCGUCGGCGGGGCCCGGAACCCACUGUGCCGUCGCCUCCCUUUUUCGACGCCUCCGCCGCCGCCUGAGGAGGCGAGCUCGUCGGGAGUUACCCCGCCACCGCCAGGAUGGACAGAAUGACAGAAGAUGCCCUUCGCCUCAACCUGCUGAAGCGGAGCUUGGACCCGGCGGACGAGAGAGACGACGUCCUGGCUAAGCGGCUCAAAAUGGAGGGGCACGAGGCCAUGGAGCGCCUGAAGAUGCUGGCGCUGCUGAAGCGGAAGGACCUGGCGAACCUGGAGGUGCCGCACGAGUUGCCCACCAAGCAGGAUGGCGGUGGCGUCAAGGGCUACGAAGAGAAGCUCAAUGGGAACCUCAGGCCUCACGGAGACGGCAGGGCGGCCGGAAGGCCCGGCAAAGAGAACAUCAGCGACGAGCCGGUGGAUAUGAGCGCGAGGCGGAGUGAACCAGACCGAGGAAGGCUGACCCCCUCCCCAGACGUCAUUGUCUUAUCGGAUAAUGAGGCUUCCAGCCCCCGCUCCAGCUCCCGAAUGGAAGAAAGACUCAAAGCAGCCAACCUAGAGAUGUUUAAGGGGAAAGGCAUGGAGGAACGGCAGCAGCUCAUCAAGCAGCUGAGAGAUGAGCUGCGGUUGGAGGAAGCUCGGCUGGUGCUGUUAAAGAAACUGAGGCAGAGCCAGCUACAGAAAGAGAACGUGGUGCAGAAGACCCCAGUCGUGCAGAAUGCAGCGUCCAUUGUUCAGCCAUCUCCUGCCCACGGGGGACAGCAGGGCCUGUCCAAGCUUCCCUCCCGGCCUGGGGCCCAAGGGGUUGAACCGCAGAGUCUGAGAACAUUACAGGGCCACAGUGUCAUCCGUUCGGCGGCCAAUACCACCCUCCCACAUAUGUUGAUGUCUCAACGUGUUAUCGCACCAAACCCUGCCCAGCUACAGGGCCAGCGGGGCCCACCCAAGCCUGGCCUUGUGCGUACCACAACACCCAGCAUGAACCCUGCCAUCAACUACCAGCCGCAGUCGAGUUCUUCUGUUCCCUGCCAGCGCACAGCGUCCUCCGCCAUCUAUAUGAACCUUGCCUCCCACAUCCAGCCAGGGACCGUGAACAGAGUGUCCUCACCACUUCCCAGCCCCGGCGCCAUGACUGACGCCGCCAACUCCCAGGCCGCAGCCAAGCUGGCCCUCCGUAAACAGCUGGAGAAGACCCUCCUGGAGAUCCCGCCCCCGAAGCCUCCCGCUCCCCUGCUCCACUUCCUGCCCAGUGCGGCCAACAGCGAGUUCAUCUACAUGGUGGGCUUGGAAGAAGUCGUACAGAGCGUCAUCGACAGCCAAGGCAAGAGCUGCGCUUCACUCCUGCGGGUCGAACCCUUUGUCUGCGCCCAGUGCCGCACAGACUUCACCCCGCACUGGAAGCAGGAGAAGAACGGGAAGAUCCUGUGUGAGCAGUGCAUGACCUCCAACCAGAAGAAGGCUCUGAAGGCUGAGCACACCAACCGGCUGAAAAAUGCGUUUGUUAAAGCCCUACAGCAGGAACAGGAAAUUGAACAGCGACUCCAGCAGCAGGCAGCCCUCUCCCCCACGGCGGCUCCCGCCGUGUCCAGUGUCAGCAAACAAGACACCAUCAUGAGACAUCAUACGCUUCGGCAGGCCCCACAGCCCCAGAGCAGCCUGCAGCGUGGAAUCCCCACCUCUGCCCGGUCCAUGCUCUCCAACUUUGCACAGGCGCCCCAGCUCUCUGUGCCGGGCGGCCUCCUCGGGAUGCCAGGUGUCAACAUCGCAUACUUGAACACCGGCAUUGGAGGACACAAAGCUCCCAGUUUGGCGGACCGACAGCGGGAGUACCUUUUAGACAUGAUCCCUCCCCGGUCUAUAGCGCAGUCCAUCAGCGGGCAGAAAUAACGCCUGCCCACGCGUACUGCCCCAGCCUCGAACCCUCUGCCCCUCCUCUCCCAUUGCCCCCAACUUCCGUCGCAUGCAGUGCCUGUACCGGUGCCUACCAUACACGGAAAACAAACCGAGAAACAGAAGACAAACCUAGAAAUCGACAGGAAGACCCGCGCCUGCCCCGCCACCCCCACUGCUGCGACCCUGCUGCUCUCGUCUUCUCUCCUGUCCCCAUUCACAGGGAGGUGCUCCUCGCCUUUGGUGGAGGUCAGAGUGAGGGCCUGGGGAGCCAUCUAAACCCUCUGACGUGUGUUUCUAAAGUUUUUAUGCUAUAAUUAUUGUCAUUUUUAAUGAUGGUGUGUCUCCUCCCUUUGUUCAGUGGACGGUUAAACCUUUUUAUUUUCCCUCAGUA